CAGCUCCUUCGCCCCGGCCCGGCCGGCCGCCACUUCCGGCCGCUCACCUGGGACGCGCUCACCUGGGACGCGCUCACCUGCCUCCGGGCGCCUGGGCAGCAGGAUGAAGGACCGGUUGGAGCAGCUGAAGGCCAAGCAGCUGACCCAGGAUGAUGAUGCCGACGAGGUGGUGAUUGCUAUUGACAACACGGCUUUCAUGGAUGAGUUUUUUGCUGAGAUUGAGGAAACUCGGCAAAACAUCGACAAGAUCUCAGAGCACGUGGAAGAGGCAAAGAAACUCUACAGUAUUAUCCUGUCCGCGCCGAUUCCAGAGCCAAAAACCAAGGAUGACCUAGAGCAGCUCACGACCGAGAUCAAGAAAAGGGCCAACAACGUCCGGAACAGACUGAAGAGUAUGGAGAGGCACAUCGAGGAGGAUGAGGUCCGGUCAUCGGCAGACCUUCGGAUUCGGAAAUCCCAGCACUCCGUCCUCUCCCGGAAGUUCGUGGAGGUGAUGACCAAAUACAACGAGGCUCAGGUGGACUUCCGCGAACGCAGUAAAGGGCGAAUCCAGCGGCAGCUCGAAAUCACCGGCAAAAAGACCACUGAUGAGGAGCUGGAGGAGAUGCUGGAGAGUGGGAACCCUGCCAUCUUCACUUCUGGGAUCAUUGACUCUCAGAUUUCCAAGCAAGCGCUCAGUGAGAUCGAGGGGCGGCACAAGGACAUUGUGAGGCUGGAGAGCAGCAUCAAGGAGCUUCAUGACAUGUUUAUGGACAUCGCCAUGCUGGUGGAGAAUCAGGGUGAGAUGCUAGAUAACAUAGAGCUGAAUGUCAUGCACACAGUGGACCAUGUGGAGAAGGCCCGGGAAGAAACUAAAAGGGCCGUGAAGUACCAGGGUCAGGCCCGGAAGAAAUUGAUAAUUAUCAUUGUGGUAGUAGUGGUGUUGCUGGGCAUUUUAGCGUUGAUUAUUGGACUUUCCGUUGGGCUGAAGUAAUGGCAGCCCGAGUGGCUGCUGCACUGAAAUGUUUGUGACUGAGUGUUAAUGUCGCUGUCCACCGUCAUCCUGUGCACUGAUCAGCUCCUCCUUCCCCUGCCUCUCUUAGAACUCGAUUUCACUCCAGCCUGGUGUGGCCACCCUUGUCUUCAGAUGGGAACCGAGUUUGAAUGGCCUUCCUGAGAGAGAGUGCGACCUGUUCCUUUGUUUCCUUGUAACCGUCCUUGGACCUGACCCAGCAAACAAUUUAGCCCCGGAGGAAGCUAAUCUACCUGAUGCAACCCUGAGUUCCCUUCGAAACCUUCUCCUGCCCCACCAGCUCUGAAGUACCCUCUGUCCCGGACAGUAGGAACCAACCCAGCUUCGCUUUGUUCCCUCCGAAUGUGUCAGGUGAUGCCUUGCACCUUGGAAAGCCCAUUUGAAACCUUCCCAAGGUGCUGUAUUUUCUACCUCAUGGAGUAUUCUCCUCCCAGAAAUUGCAAUGUAUUUUUUUAGGGGAGUAUCUUUAACAACACAAAGGGAUUCUUCCAAAUGUAGAAACAAUAAGGCUUGGCUUGAGCCCUUUACUUGGCAGGUCUUGGUCCUCACACUUUGUUGUCCCUAUGUCCUGAAAAUAUGUGGAACUGGUGGGUGUCAUGUUGGUCUUAGAAGCUGACUUGUUUGAAAUUCAAUUUUAAAUUAAGCUCUUAGUACGUUCAGCUUGGUGGCCAACUUCAAUCUUUAUGUUGUAGUCUCUCAUGUUUACUCAAGGAGGCACCAGGAUGAUCCAGUUGUCUGAGGUUACCAUUUGUCAAGGCUGAGGGUAUGAGGUUUUUCCCUCUCUGACUCUUGGAAACUGGCUGUUCUCCUUUGGAGUGAUGCUUUGUGAAGCCAUUGCCUCGAGGCCAAAAAUAACCAGGCACUUAAAAUUGGGCCAGGGACAAGGUGCUUGAGUCUCAGGCUCUGGAAAUGCUUGGAUUGGUGUGAGGAUUCAGUCACUCAUUUCAUAUAUUCCAGAGGUAUUUUUAUAAUCACGUGUGUGAGACGUAUGUAUGUAUUUGCCCGUGUCUCUCAGGAAGUAGGAAGCUAGAAAUGGAGAAUAUUAUAACCUCAAAAGAAAAUAACCUUGAGCUGGGCUAAAAAUUAGGUAAGAGACAUUUGCUUACCUGCAAAUGAAUCAUAGAACUGUGAUCUUCCUGUGUCACCGAGAAACCUUGUUUUCUGGAAGAGUAUUGGGACAAUCAUAGAUCUUUGGAGUGAGGACUAAGUUGACCCCAUUAAGUUUUUCUGCUUAGCAGACAGAAGGUGUGACAAGUUUGGCACCUCUCCCCACUGCUGCAUAGGUGAGGCUGGUCCUGAGAACAUCCCACAGCAAUUUGAGAUCAUUCCUGUGGCCUUUAGGAUGAUCAUGUCUCCAGGGCUGAGUCAGUUGGGGGAGACCAGGAACUACGGAGUAGUUCAUCCUGCUACCAGGUUAAUGAGCUUGACAGGUUCUUUGUCUCCCCCAAUUCUUGUCAUGGAGGAAACAACAGCCCGGAAAUGAUUUCAAGUGUAAUGACUAUGCUGACCUAGUGGAGAGCCCCUCAGAUUCCCUGCCAGUCUCCCUGAUUCAUAGUUCAGCUUUGACUUUCCAGGAUAGGGUGAGCACCUAAUCCAGGCACCGCCCCUUGGCUUCCUUUGCAAAGGCUGUGAACUUUGGCCUAGCUCAGCACUCAGACAGAGCCAAUGGGAUGCGCUCUUCCCAUGGCUAUGAAGUCAGGCAGUGGACGGGCUCCAGCAACAAGGGAAGACUAGCUCUAACCACACGCCUUUGUUGAGCCCUGGGGCUUAGUUUGGAAUACAAGUGAAGGGUUUUUUGUCAUUUGUAUUUUUUAAAUGUAAACUUGAUUAUUUUAUUGAUAACUUAAAAAUAAAUGACUUUAUAUUGAUUGUGAAA